CUUAAGCCGCCGCAUCGUCAGACCAAGAUUUGCUAAUACAGCAUUUAAAGCAUUCUUCUACCUACAAUGCGCCUAACUUCUCAACUUCAACCUUUUCUUUAAUACCGUAUUGCACAUAAGAGGAAACACGCCCGACUGGGCAAAGAAAUCAUAAAAUGGCUGCUGGAUUCGGAAGCUCCUCAUACUACGAUAGACGGUUCAGACAAUCCCCCGCCCUCAUUCGAGCACGACGACCUUACCUCUUCAAGAAUGCCGUUGUUGGGUCUGCCGUAGCGGCGUUUGCAGUUGGCGUUUAUGUAUACACCAUCAACGUCAUCGGACAGGACGAGUUCGAAGAUGUAAAGGUCCCUAGCGCCCCGAGUCAACCCGAGAAUAAAUAAGUACAAGUGGUCUAUCAUUGGACAUAAUGCUAUCAAGGGAAUAGGAAGGCAUAAGAGAAGUCCACGAAAUAUACGGUUAGUCGGCUUCAGCAUCGGCAUCGGAGAUAAUGUCUAUAAAGUCGGGACUACGUUUUCCAUUUCAAGAAAGGGGUUGUAAAUGAAUAUACACUAUGUGGUAUCGCGGCUUAUGUCGAGCCUAUGAACGAACGACGAGCCCCCCUUAAACGCCAGAAUGUGUGUCUAUAAGAGACAAUCCGAACAACAUGUAUCAUAGAGAUCUUCCCAUUCUCUACAGUCCUUUUGAAGACGCCACCCGCUAGCAACGCAACAUACCGCAAACAUGAUAAGAUCACUUCCGUACACCAGUUGGAAGCCUCUAUUGUAAGCCGUAACGCCAAAUGCAAAACAUAUGCACAGGGUAUAACGUCCCUAUUUCCUAUCUCGCAAGAUUAUUCAACCCAACGAUAUACAGCAUUGCUGGCCACCCGACUAAUUAGUCCCGAAUGUGCGCCAUGCUCUGCCCACCCGUG